AUGUCUAAAUUGGACGAGGAUGGUCCUCAUAACUCUAAUAAUUCCUCUGUACAUUCAACUCAGCGUAUGCUCAACAUUGAUGAAAAGAAUGAUAUCUUUCUUCAGUGUACUCAUAAAGAUGACAAAGGUACCCCUUAUGGUCUUGGAUCGCUUGUGGAGACAUUGAAAGAAGGAAAAAAGAAGGAGAGUUAUGCGAGCUCUUCUACAUCAACCAUUGAGGAGCUUCAAGAUCAGCUGCGGUGCAAGAUAUCUGAACACGAUGCUGAAAAUGCAAGACGUGAUGAGGAGCACCACCAAUCUCAAUCUCGGAUCUCCAGUUUGGAGAAGCUCGUCCUUUUCAUGAAAGAUAAAGAUCUUGAGUUGGCAGCUUUUUUGUUUUCUGCUUCUACACAACCUGAACCUCCCAUCCAAGAAACCACCACACUUGCAGGAGAAGAGGCAGGAGAAGAGGCAGGAGAAGAGACAGGAGAAGAGGCUGCCGCCGGAGGUAAUGAAGUCCUCAGCGGGAAGGUCGCAGGCGAUCUCUUUGGCAGCAAAUCCUCGCUGGAAUUGGCCUCGUUCUUUGUUAGGACUCUGCUCAAGAACACAAGUAAAAACACAAACAUGAGUGCAAACAAGAUUGUAUCCAUUGUUUACAGGGGAUUAGUCUCUAAUUUUGAAGAGGAUGAAUAA